AUUACAGGUAUUACACAAGUACCUAACUUUAGAUCCCUACCUACCUAGGUAACCUAACCUCCUAGAAGACGGUGAGGUCUUGAUUCCCGCAGGUGGUCAUCAAAAAGGGCUACAUAUGAAGAGUCGAACAUUUAUCUAAGAUACACUUGAAUUGGAAUACCUCUCUCAUCAAACACCAAUUCCAUUUCAUUUUAUUCAAGCACAAGAUUCAGUCUUCAUCUAUAUUUCAGUGGUCUUCAAAACUGGACCAUCAUUUCUCUAAUUUUUAAUCCUCAUCCUCGUAAGAGCCCAGUCGAUAUCCACGGCUAUGUAUCGACGAGGCCCUCCGAAGUCUACCCCCGCAAACGUACAAUGCCAAAAGUGCCUUAAAAGAGGUCACUACUCAUACGAAUGUAAAACUACAACACAAGACCGGCCUUACGUCUCAAGGCCGUCUCGGACACAGCAACUCUUCAACCCAAAACUUGUCCCAAAGCUGGCUAGUGACACCACAGAUACCUUGCAGAAGCAGAAAGGCGUGGCCGAUGAGGAACUGGCUAAGAGGGAAGCCGAAAGGGCGAGGAAGCGAGAGCUAGAAGAAGAGGGAUCGGACGACGGAUCUCCAAAACGUAGAAGAUCAGCUUCUUACGAUUCUGUGUCCUCCAUCUCUACCAGGCGAUCCCUUUCACCGCCACCUCGAGCCCAGCAAUCUACUAGGGUUCAUCCAGAUUCUCCCCGAAGAGGGACUAGAAGCCCGUCGCCCGUCAGUCGUGGCGGACGAAGGGAUUCGUAUAGCUCUGCUAGCGACUAUGACCGGCGCGAUCCUUCGAGCACCCGAAGGUCAACUAGAAAUGACAGCCCACCAGGCGGACGUCAUAGGCGGUCAAGAUCCUUGGCGCGGGAUGACAGUCCCGGGCGAAGCCAUUAUGACGACGCAAGAGAUGAAGCUCCGAGCCAAACGUCUAAUUAUAGCCAGCGUAGAAGAUACUCGUCCAGCCCUAGCAGAUCCCCGCCGCCACAUGAGCGACAGCAGUUUCGUUCGAGAUCUCCAGACCGGCCUAGGAGGCGCGAUAGGAGUCCCCCGCGAGACUACGAAAGGCAAACACGUCGGGACCCGGCACCUUCUUAUAGGAACGAUCGAAGACAUGGCGAAGCACCGCCGCGUCGGGAGCAGCGAGAGCGCAGUUUAAGCCCAUUCUCCAAGAGAUUAGCUCUUACGCAGGCGAUGAAUAUGGGCCGUUAAGAUUGGGGUAUCAUAGUCGUAUUAAGUUAAAGAAGUAAAAGACCUGGUUCUAUUUAAGCUUAUACACAUAUUGUAAUCGA